CCUGUUUACCCGGAAGUGAGAGCCCCGCUCCGAAACGCUGCUGUCAAAAUCACCAAUUUAACCAUUUCUGACCGUUUAUAGUCCAGCCGAAUUAUACAUUAACAGAUACUCCGGUUGUAAUCUCCUGACUCGGAAUGUACAGCGGACUCCUGCCCACAGGUUCCACCGAGGACGACCUCAGCCCGGACGAAGAGAAGGAUGCCGCGGAGGAGGAGGAGGAGGAGGAGGGAGAGAAGCGUGCGGGCUCCGCCGCGGGAGCCGCUCCGGCCCCGGCGGAGGAGGCGGCUCCCGCGGCCGGCGAGGCGGACCGCGACGCCCCGGCGCUGCCCGGUGUGUCCCGGGACAUGUGGCAGAAAUUCCAGGAUCUACGUAAGAAGAAUGACGAGAUGAAGACAACGAAGGGCCCCGGACGCAGAACAAAAAGAAGACCACAUAAGAAAGGAACAGGGAGGGAGGAACCCACCGGAACCAGAGCUCCAUGCCGGCGUGUCUGCGCGCGCAUCGAGCGGAGCAACAACAAAGUCCUCUUCACCUUCCGCCCCGCGGCACCGACACGUCGCCCUCUGCUUCUCUGUGAAUAUGGAGGAGCAGACGGGAGGAAGGAGGCGGACUGCCGCGGCUCGACACUCACAGGAGUGAAACAACUCCAACGACACCGGAACAGAGAGCGCCUGGAGGAGCGGGAGAAGCACUGGGCCGACCUGAAGCAGCACUUUGGGGCCAACGACCGGUUCCUCCCCCCCGCCUGCUCCAAGCCGCCUCCCAAGUCCGGCCUGGAAGCGCGCAUGGAGGCGGCCGUCGCUGAAGGGGACAUCGCGAAGGCGGAGGAGAUGAGCGACCGGCUCGCCACUCGAGAGCUCGCUGUGAAGAUCUCUCAAGCCGCUGACUGUCGUGACUUCGUGCAGCGCAAACAGGAAGAGGAAGAGGAGAGGGCGGCGCAGAAGAGGAAGAACCAGAUACCCUGGGGGUAGGACCUCUCUCUCUAUUCCUAAAGGUUCUCAAAUCUUCGAGGCGAAGCGCCGCUGGGAGACGAAGAGCAACAUGGGCUUCAUGUGACGGCGGCUCCCUCAGGAUGAACUUCUGUGGUCUGGACUCUGUCUCCUUUGUCUCUGUCCAUGUGGAAGACGAGUGAUCUGGGGGGGCUCCACAGAGGACAAGAGAGAAGAUGCUGGAGCAUUCAGAUGAAUUCGUCAGGCGCCCACUGGAGUGCAUUGUGUUGUUUCAUUACAUCCACAGAUCUGAGCCCCCCCCCCCCCUCAAAUUAAAUCUGCUGUACAUUA